UGGCGAAACCAUUUGAAAAAUGCGCAAAGAUUGUGAAAAGCAGAAUUUAAAUCGAUAAAGAGUUGACCUUCACGCAUCACUCGCCUCAACUGUCGUCCAUCUUUGCCACGAAAACGCUUUUUCUUUGGUCACCGAAGCGGAUAAUUUACAAAUAACCAAGGUAUUAGUUAUACGAGCCAAAUACAGAUGGCAGCACACAUUUAGAGGUAGGAGGACAUGUGUUGAGAGCGAUACAUCGAGUGGUUGCUCGACGAAGGUAUGCGAGUGGAUUCUCUCUGUAUUCAGUCUCUUCGCCACAUUGUAGAUGGGGAAAAGAAACAGUAAGCUGAAGGCCGAAAUAGCGACCAGACUUGCCAAGGAAACCUACUUUACCGAAAAAGAGGUCCGACAGUGGUACAAAGGAUUCUUGAAAGAUUGCCCAAAUGGUCUUCUUACAGAACAGGGUUUCCAAAGGAUCUACAAACAGUUCUUCCCUCAAGGUGAUCCUUCCAAAUUUGCCUCCUUGGUCUUUCGUGUUUUCGAUGAAAACAAGAUCUUGUCAAAUCCAAUAAAUAAAAAUAUUUCAGGGGCCUUCAAGUUAUACGACGUCGACAACGACGGAUACAUCACUAGGGAAGAGAUGUACAGUAUUGUGGACGCCAUUUAUGAGAUGUUGGGAAAUCAAGAGAAAAUAGAGGAUGAAGAAGACGAUCCAAAGAGGAGAGUGGACCGGAUUUUCGAGCAAUUGGAUAAGAAUCAUGACAAUCAGCUAUCUUUGGAAGAAUUUAAAGAAGGUUCGAGACAAGAUCCCAAAAUCGUACAAGCAUUGACUCUGUAUGCUCCUUAAGAAAUUCAGAUCAUCCGAAAUAGUUCCACAUAUCAAGGAUCUCAUUUUUCGUUUCUCUUUCCUACAUUCACUCGUGCACCGUAGACGAUUGUCUUUUUCGUAAAAAAAUUUUAAAAAAAUUAUAAAAUAAUAAAGCACUUUCAAAUCGCGGUGACAUCAGGAUGAGAGUUGCCAACUUGACCCAUGAAAGAUUACAUAUUUGUCAUCUGAGAAGAAUAAAAUCUAAGAAAAUGUUUUAAAAUAAUGGAAAAUUUAACUCGUGUGUUAAUUUAAGAGUUAAAUUUUCAAAUAAAUACAUAAAUAACAUCAUUUUUAAUAGGGAAUAAAUAUGAAGAAUUUGGGAUGAGUUGGCAACCUUCAUAAAAUGUUUUCAAAGAAACCCCUGCAAUGUUGCCAGCCACGACAUAACGUGGCAUCACAAUAUAUGUUGUUUAGUCGAUGUUCUGUUAAAUUCUGAUUCGUUUUAGAUCUGAAAAUUGUUGGUCCCGUUUAUAUCCGGACAGAAAAAUCCAUAACCUUUUCCGAAACAUGUGCAAAUAUCUUUAUGUUACUUUAGUAUAUCGCUUCUGUAUAGAAUGUGUGAUAAAUAAUAUAUUUAAUAAAAUCUCGAUCCUCAAAAUAAAGUCUUCUGAAUGAAAUUAAAGAAUAUUCAAUCAAUAUUUCUCAAACAGAUAGGAGAUAUUUAAAAAAAGGCAUUGUUUUGAGUCAAGUAUAUAUGAAUGAUACAUGAAACAUUCGACGAUUUUAACAAAUAUAUUAUUUCGAAGCGCAAGCACUUACAGGAUUUUGUGUCGGAGAAAAAUAUACAAUUGAGAGUAGACAAAUACAUGUAUAAAAACAAAGUAAAAAUUCUAUUAUACUUAAAGAUGUGGAGUCUUGCAAUAGUAAAGUUCUUACGCAAGAGUUUUAAGGGAAACUGCAGAGGCCAUCUUAUUAUCCGCGAACUGUAAUUACUACUUAUUAAACGUCUUGAAAAAUGUCUUU